AUGUCCUUCAUGGAUGGUUCAUCUGGAUACAAUCAAAUUCGCAUGUCACCAAAGGAUGAAGAAUUUACUGCAUUUCGCUCUCCUAAAGACGUAACGCUAGUGGAAAUUCAGCCACCUUGGAAGAUGUAUUUUGAUGGUGCUGCACAUCGUGAAGGGGCCGGUGCUGGAGUGGCAUUUGUCACUUCCCAUGGAGAAGGAAAUUGGACUGAAAUUGCUAAACAUUUUGUGCAAAGCAGGACACCAACUCAAAUUGCGAGUCAUGCCCAGAAAUAUUUUGACAGACUAAAAGAGAAGAGUAUCUUCGACAUUAAUUUGGACCAAGAAUCCUCAAAUACUUAUCCUGAAUUGGUGUCGAAAAAGAAGAAGAAAGGCAAACAAGUAUUGAAUGAAGAAAGUCCAAUUUCACCAAUGCCAAUCAGCUACAUACUUCCUUCUAAUGGAAGUUAUUCCUAUGCCUAUGUUCCCAUGAACAAUGAUCAGUUUAAUUUUGUCUCAUCAUCAACUAAUGCAACUCCACUAGUCCACCGGGCUUCGUCUCAGUCUAGUUCUGCGUCCGUGGAUGUAAAAGCUUGGCAAAUCAAGAAAAUGGGGGAGAGCAAGCAUAGCAUUAAGCUAUUUGGUGUUGAUAUCAGUAGUGAUGAUAAUGGGGAUUCGGUUGUUUCAGGAUCAAGAAACAAGAGAAGUGAAGAUGAAGACAAGGGUAUAUCUGAAGUUGAAAAAACAGGGGAUGCUUCAAGUUCAAGAACAGAGGAACUAGGGUGCAGCAGUAAUAGCAUUGAACUAUUUGAUGUUAAGAUCAAUUAUGGGGAUUCGAUUGUUUUACGAUCAAGAAACAAGAGAAGAAUAUGUAGUGAAGAUGCACAGAAGUGUACAUCUGAAGUUGAAGAAAUUGAAAAAACAAGGGAUGUUUCAAGUUCAAGAACCAAGGAAAUAGGCUGUAGCAGUAACAACAAUGAACUAUUUGAUGUUGAGAUGUAUACUGAGAUUCAUGAUGAUAAUGGAGAUUCGGUUGUUUUAGGAUCAACAAAAAAGGAAGGAGAUUGGACUAAUGAUGAACACAAGGCAUUCUUGAUUGGAUUGGAGAGACUUGGAAAACCAAAUUGGACUGGAAUUGCCAAAGAAUUUGUGCCAAGUAGAACGAAUAUACAAGUUUACAACCAUGCCCAGAAAUAUUUUGCACGACUCGAGGCUAACAAUAACAAAGCAGCAAGUCGACUAGUAAUGUAA